AUGGCUCUUCCUGACACUUGGGUUGCCAACCCCGGUAUAGAUCACGUCACUAGCCAAACGAUGUGGUUGUGUUUGUGUGCAGGAUGGGAAGAGGAGCAGGUGAGCAGCCCCAGUAUCCUCAGACUCAUCUUCCAGGGCCGGUUCCUACAUGGCAAUGUCACACUAGGAGCUCUGAAGUUGCCCCCUGGCCGAACAACUGUCAUGCACUUGGUUGCCAGAGAGACGCUGCCAGAGCCCAACUCCCAUGGCCAAAGAAACCGGGAGAAGACUACAGAAAGCAGCUGCUGCCUACUGCUGUAAAACAGAAGACUGAACAACUCCCUGCUUCCCCCCCAACAUCCCUCUCUUCCUCAGCCCCUGCUACAUUUCUCUGCUUGCCAAUCCAUGAUGUAUUCUGAAUGAUUACUGAACAGCUUGGAGGGUCGGAUUGAUUUUUCAUUCAGUUGAUUUAUUCCUGUACAGUAGCUGGGAACUUUCUGUGCCAAGUACCCAAAUGUUUUGUCUGCCCUUUUUGUUGCCAGAUUACUCUUUGCUUAGUGAAACCAUGAUAACAAUCUGUACAUAGGUUUCUUUUAAAAAUCCAAACAGUAAUAAACGGUGGUAAGAUUAAGUACCCAGGACUCGGAGAGCGAAGAGUCGUUGGGGGAUUUGGUGUACUCAGGAGAGAAACUUGGAGGUCCCUUCCUUCACGUAUUUGGACUGCUUUCUGACUGGAAGUGCAGAUUUGGACAUGGCUCUGCUCUUUAAUGCUGGCUGCCACUUAGACUUACUCUUCUGCUCAUCAGCUGAAGCACACACUUGUCACAAGCCCUUGACCUGGACUCGCACUUAACUUGGAUCCUUAAGUCGUUGCGCUUCAUGGUCUUAAUCAUCUCACCCCAGACAAUAGCUUGCCUCACCACUGGCAAGGUAUGACAUCCAUCACAACCUGUUGCUUUGUAUAGAACGAGUACAACAGAGUUAGCUUUAGCGUCGAUGGACUGAUUUAACACAAGCCAUGACCACCCAUAUGUUUGCCUUUGCAGCAGGACCAAGCGAGAAUUUGAACUUAGUCAUGCAGCUCUCUUUUUUUUUUUUUUUUUAUUCUAAACAGCUGUGUCAACAUGUGCAUGCCCUAGUCUAGUGUUUUCUCGCCCUGGGUGUGUACCUGCCUUCUUGGGACUGUUCACCUGUUAUGUGCUUGAAUAGUGAAGGUCCCUCCCGCUGAGAAGUGAGUGAAAAGGUUGCCAAAUAUGCUUGUUUUUUUGAGGGGAAAACAUGAACUGCUCCUUUUGCCUUGUCAGGAACUCAUUCCCAUCUCCUCAGCCACCUCUUAUCUGCUAGUGCAUCCCGAGGGAUGACCGCCUGCCACCGUCUGACGCAAGGAAUAAGAAUAAGGGAAUUGUCAGAGGGCUCCUGCUUGAAAGCCUCAGCUAUAAGGGCUGCAUUGUAAGCACGAUGGAUUCCUGGACCCCCUGCUGAGCUGCACUGGCAAGGGCAAAGCAGAGUGAACAGGGGAUUGCAUCCCCUUAAUGGGCCCCCCCUACUGGGCCAGGAGAAAAUAUGGGUGUUUUAUUUCCUAAUGUUUGUAUGCUUUUUUUUGUUUGUUUGUUUGUUUGUUUGUUUGUUUUUCCAUUUGCCUUCUGACCGUGGCAAAUUAAUAUUAUUAAUAAUAGAAUUCUAAAAAAAAAAGUCCUUUGUAAUCUUGUGUCUGUGUAGUUCAGGUUUAAAUUGGUACACAUUUAAUGGCUGAUGUGUGCGAGUUUGGGGAGGGAUGGCACAAAUGAUAGGGGGAGAACAGAUCAGACAUUGGUGACUGCAGUGCCCAAGGACACUGUUUCUGAUCUUCCUUUGAGUGACCAUCCCUCAGUGAAUGUGUAUUAAUCAUCACUGCUAUGAAAUUAGCUUCAGAAUAUUAAAUGUAAAAAAAAAAAAUUACAAUCUGCCUAAAAGCCUGUAUUAUAAAUUAAUAAAAAAAAUCUUUCAAGUAA